AUGCCCAGAGACCAGCCUGAGAAGUUCACAACAUCAAAUUAUGGCGAUGCCGUAAGACUGUCUGUCAAGGAAAGGACGAGACAUAAACAAUACCUUAGUGAGGAUUGGGCGCAGCACCAAGCAUUACGCGCACAGCAGAGCCCUCCGCCUCCGCCUGUGGAAACGGAGGAGACCCCAACAUUCUCAGAGAUCGUAGCGAACCCUGACUCACCUGUCCCUCCUAUUGACGCUGUGAAUGUGCGAGACUGGCUUCAGGCGGUCGACUGCAGCGAGGAUCAAGAUAGUGCGCUAUGUCCGCACGAGGAUGCUGUCUCUGAGCACUUUGACGCUGCCAUCACUACAGAAGAUGAUCGUAUACCUACGCUCAAUAGCGACACUGACACAGAGUACCCUGACAGUGUCGACAGCGAUUCCGACGCUGAAUUUCUCGUGCUUAAUGCUGACAACAAUACCGACACUGAGGCCAUCGUUGAGGCCGUCCUUGGUCCAUUUCGUGCUAAAGUUGAUGAUAUCGAUGUCGUGCCCCUUGUCAGCUACUCGUUCGAUCUGACCGAAGGAGGAGAAUGCGCUGAUCCCCGUGGGUUCAUUGAGGAAGCAGAGGCAAUGGCCGAGCUCAUCCGGAAAGCACGCGAUGGUACCCUGGGUGACCCCCGGGCGGCAACACCUGACGGUGUGGUGCCAUUGGCUCAAAGUGUGGCCGAGGGCACCACUUUCUCGGCGCUCGUCAGAAUUCGCUGGAAGAUGCCUGCGGAUACAGGUACCGUGGCCUCAGAUGGGACGGCGGAGUUAAUUCUCAAUCAUAGCAGGAUUGCAAGGCCAUCAAGAGAUACGAGUGACCAAAAGGAGUCGGCGUGCAGCGAAAGCAGGCAGAUUGUUUCCGGCAUUGUGUAA